AAUUGAAAUGAAUUAAUCAUGGAGCUUAAUCCAUUCCCAUAAAAUAAUGAUGUAAUUUCAAACAAAAAAAAAAAAAAAAAAAAAAACACCAUCAAACAGCAAAAAUACGAAACUUCAUGAUUUUGUCUUCUAAUUUCUGAAUCACAACUCUGAUCUUUUCACGUUUACCCGACGGUCACACCAAACUACUCAAGGUUAAAUAUUUGUAAGUGUCGAGAUGUCGGGCCAGGGACAGCGUCUAACUGUUACACCAACAGUUACAGUGCUUGGGGUCAUAAAAGCUCGUCUUGUUGGUGCUACAAGAGGACAUGCCCUUUUGAAGAAGAAGAGUGAUGCUUUAACGGUUCAGUUUCGUUCAAUUCUAAAAAAGAUAGUUUCUACUAAGGAAUCUAUGGGAGAUAUAAUGAAAACUUCAGCCUUUUCCUUAACCGAAGCCAAAUAUGUUGCAGGGGAGAAUAUCAAACAUGUUGUAUUAGAAAAUGUCCAAAAUGCAUCCCUUAAGGUUCGUUCUCGGCAAGAAAAUGUCGCUGGGGUAAAGCUCCCUAAGUUUGAGUACUUUACUGAGGGAGAAACCAAAAAUGAUCUGACUGGAUUGGCUAGAGGUGGGCAGCAAGUGCAGCAGUGUCGUGGUGCCUAUGUAAAGGCUAUUGAGGUUCUUGUUGAACUAGCUUCUCUUCAGACGUCGUUUUUGACCCUUGAUGAGGCUAUCAAGACUACAAACCGUAGGGUGAAUGCCUUGGAAAAUGUCGUGAAACCGAAGUUGGAAAACACUAUUACUUACAUCAAGGGAGAGUUGGAUGAGCUGGAAAGAGAGGACUUUUUCAGGUUGAAGAAAGUACAGGGUUACAAGAAGAAGGAGAUUGAAAAACAACUUGCAGCUGCAAAGCUGUUUGCAGAGGAGCAGGUUGCGGAAAAGGUUUCUUUGCAGCGAGGAAUAUCAAUCAAUGCAGCUCAUAAUUUGUUGGCUGGAUCACAGCAAGACGACGACAUUAUCUUUUAAUGCUAAGGUUAGUCUGCUCAGUUUCUAUCUUGCGGCUGUGUGGUUUGAGGUGGAUUUCCGUUGUGGAACAAAAAUCUUAUUCUUUAGUGUUAGUAGCUUGUAUGUCUCAAUAAAAGCAUUUGACAAUCACUUUCUUGAAUCAUUCUGAAUUAUCUUUUGGAAAUAUCCCCUCGAUGAAAUUGGGAUUCACACUUUGUUGUGAAUCAUUGUGAAGGCUUUUAUAUAUCGUCUAUUCGUUGUUUGCUAAAGAGAGUAUAAGACAGGAGCUUGUCAUAGCACUGUUUAAGUAUAACUUUCUUUAUC